AUGGCUGCAGUAACCCGAUAUUCUGGGAAGGUGGUGGUGGUGACUGGAGGCAGCCGGGGCAUCGGGGCUGCGAUCGUGAGAGCCUUCGUGGACAGUGGGGCUCAAGUGGUUUUCUGUGACAAGGAUGAGGCUGGGGGCCGGGCUCUGGAGCAGGAACUCUCGGGCACUGUCUUUAUCCCCGGUGACGUGACACGGGAAGGAGAUUUGCAGACUCUGGUUUCUGAGACCCUCUCUCGAUUUGGUCACCUGGAUUGUGUGGUGAAUAACGCCGGCUACCACCCACCUGCACAGUUGCCUGAGGAGACCUCUGCCCAGGGCUUCCGUCAGCUUCUGGAGGUGAACCUUCUGGGGACAUACACCUUGAUCAAGCUUGCCCUCCCCCACCUGCGGAAGAGCAGAGGGAACAUCAUCAAUAUCUCCAGCCUGGUCGGGGCCAUCGGCCAGUCCCAGGCCCUUACCUACGUGGCCACCAAGGGCGCAGUGACUGCCAUGACCAAAGCUUUGGCCUUGGAUGAAAGCAGACAUGGUGUCCGUGUCAACUGCAUCUCCCCAGGAAACAUCUGGACUCCACUGUGGGAAGAGCUUGCAGCCUCAACUUCAGACCCCAGGGCCACCAUUCUAGAAGGCACCUUGGCCCAGCCCCUGGGCCGCAUGGGCCAGCCAGCCGAGGUAGCGGCUGCAGCCGUUUUCCUGGCCUCUGAAGCCACCUACUGUACAGGGCUUGAGCUUCUCGUGACUGGGGGUGCAGAACUGGGGUAUGGACGCAAGGCUAGUAAAAGCAGCCUCGGGGAAGUCCCCACUCUCCCACCUAAUGUACACUAACUAUGUCUUGGCCAUCCGUUUCUCCCUCCCUUCCUUUCUUGUAGUACUGGAGAUUAAACCUGGACCUCUUGUGUGCUAGGCAGGGGCUCUAUCACUGAGUCACACUCCAGGGCCCCACUGGAGGAUUCUAGGCAGGGGCUCUCCCAUUUAACUUUCAGGUCCCAGAGAAACUCAGGAUAAGCUAGCUGCUGGUGGCCAGGCCCUCUCAGUACCUGCUACUUCCCUUGCCCCUGCUCCUAACCUCUCUAGCCCAGGGACUUUGCACCCCUUCCCGCAGCUUCUGAUUCCUAUAAAAACCUGCCAUUUUGGAUGAAUGUGCUGUUGGUCCUAGGCUCCUUUCUUGGUCCAUUUGCCCUCUCUCUUCUCUCUCUCUCUCCUCUUCUUUCACUUUCUCUGCCCCUCCCUCCCUGAUCUCAUGGACCAGUUUAGUCUGGACUCUUCUCGAUGCCUCUGGCAAUAUUCUCCCAUUUAGCUACAAUAAAAGCCGUCCCCCCAGUUAUA